AAGUGUAUCUCAAGCCGGUUUCUCAAACUUACCUACCCCACCUUUGAGAGUAAAUGUACUUAGUUAGUGAACACCAAGGUUAUUCUAAACUUUUAAACUUGAGGUACAUGAAUAUGAAGUAGAGUAAAAGUGAAAGUGAAGCGGUUCCUCUUCGGUCUGCUGGCGGCGCUGUGGCGCAGCUGCGAGCCGAGCAUCAGAGCCCUCUGUCGGCUCUACAGUCUGGGAUGAGAACAGGCAGACCGUAAUGGCGACUGCUGGGACGGCAGACUCGGGAUCAACAGCCCCGACAGGGACCAGUGGCAUCCGAAAAAUGGCCCCUUCAGAGUUGCCUGGCACAACUCAGAGUAUGAAGAAGACCAUCGGACACCGGGGGGUGGAGACCACCACCGGAGAGACCACCUAUAAAAAGACUACGUCAUCUGCCCUGAAAGGUGCCAUCCAGUUGGGCAUCACUCACACCGUUGGCAGCUUAAGCCAGAAGGCGGAGAGGGACGUUCUCAUGCAGGACUUUGUGGUGGUCGAAAGCAUCUUCUUCCCCAGUGAAGGCAGUAACCUGACUCCUGCUCAUCACUACAGUGACUUUCGCUUUAAGACCUAUGCGCCAAUUGCCUUUCGUUAUUUCAGGGAACUCUUUGGCAUUCGACCAGAUGACUACCUGUAUUCUCUGUGUAAUGAUGGUCUGAUCGAGCUGUCUAACCCCGGAGCCAGCGGAUCCCUCUUCUAUGUCUCCAGUGAUGACGAGUUCAUCAUCAAGACUGUUCAACACAAAGAGGCAGAGUUCCUACAGAAACUCCUGCCUGGAUACUUCAUGAACAUUAACCAAAACAAGCGCACCUUGCUACCCAAGUUCUACGGGCUGUAUUGCGUUCAGGCAGGAGGAAAAAACAUCCGUAUUGUUGUGAUGAACAAUCUUCUUCCUCGGAUCAUCCCCAUGCACCUUAAAUACGACCUGAAGGGCUCCACCUAUAAGAGGCGAGCGUCCCCUAAAGAGAGGGAGAAGGCCGUUCCCAUUCACAAAGACCUGGACUUCAUCCAGGACUUGCCGGAUGGGCUGCUGCUGGAAGCCGACAAUUUCAAUGCCAUGUGCAAGACUAUACAGAGGGACUGCCUGCUCUUGCAGAGUUUCAAGAUCAUGGAUUACAGUCUGUUGAUGGGCAUCCACAACAUGGACCAGGCCAGUCGGGACCGGGAGCGUAGCGGGGGCAACUCUGGUGACAGUGGGGGGUCGGAGGGAGCAGUGACCCCAGAUCAGCGCCGGCCACAAAUUCAGAAAAGUCUUUACUGUACGGCCAUGGAGUCCAUUCAGGGGGAGGCCCGAGGGAAGGGUGCUUUGGAUUCAGAGGACAACAUGGGCGGUAUUCCAUCUCGUAAUAGUAAAGGAGAGAGGUUGCUGAUCUACAUCGGCAUCAUCGACAUUCUGCAGUCCUACAGGUUUAUUAAGAAGUUGGAGCAUUCCUGGAAGGCCUUGGUCCAUGAUGGGGACACAGUUUCAGUUCACAGACCUGGCUUCUAUGCAGAUCGUUUCCAGCAAUUCAUGUGCAACACAGUGUUCAAGAAAAUUCCACUAAAACUUUCACCUUCUAAGAAGAGUCGUGGUGGGGGUCAGGGCGGCCUCCGGAGGGCCCCCACCCUGGGCGCUCCCCCCCCGCUCUCCAACGCUACGGGACAGUCAGCAGUCGACUCCAGACUGGUCUACCACAGCCACUUCAAGAGCACCGACUCAGAGGCCGACAGCGGCGUGCAGUUCGGCAGACCAGAUCUUGUUCCGAGGACGCCUCCGCUUGGAGAAAACCCUGCGGACUACGAGGUCAACCUGUCCACCUCAUCACUCGGCAGCACAGGACUUGCUUCCACCUCUCCACCACUACGGUCUGUAGGGGUCGAAGUGCACAAAUCAGCCAACACAGACCUGGACCAUCACAGUUUUGGGGACGAUGGGGCUAUGGAUAAUUCAGGCAACCUGUCUGGGAACGAAGAUGUGAUUUCACUCUCAGACAUCGUCCCUGAGACCAACAUCUGCUUUUAGAUAACAGACAUCUGAGGAUGACGUGUUUCUGAGCGAGGUGAGGUGGGCAGAAGAUUAAAGAGAGUGAAAGUCAUCCAUCCUCCACGGACCCUCCGCUGCACCUCAGUUCUUAUCAACCGUACCGAGUAUACAGGGAUCGCUGGAUGAAGCAGUGAGGUGCAGUGGAGGUUGUGACAAUGAAAAAAGCAAUGGUGGAAAGUUCAAGAAGAAGCCGGUGAGCGGUAGGUUUUACCCUUCCCAGCCUUCAGCCUCCCAAAGCCCAAUUGACUUUGAUUUACACCUGGAAGAAAAAGGUGUAUGACCCUGAAAUUGCAGCUCUUUAAUAUCUGUCAGAAUGACAUUGUUUGAACAAAGAUUUUCUGUCAUGCUCACAACAUGAAGGAAGCUUCAAGGACAUCAAAAACGAAACGAUUAGUUGUACAUUGUUAAAAGUCCAUGCCCCAGUCACCAGUGGAUGGUGAAGGCAGUUACAUUUCCCAUGAAGAGACAGUCAUGGUUCUUUGAGAUGGCACCAACAGCCUUUCAGCGGGAACAUGCACACUAAAGAGCACAUGAAGGGCAAAGCCUGCAUUUGUAGGAGUGAAUAUUUCCUGCAGAGUCUAAGGCCCCGUCCACACGGAGACGAUAUCAGUUGUAUCCGCUAACGUUCUCUAACGUUCUCUAUCAUUUAGACGGUUCGUCCACACGAAGCCGAAUCGGAGCCGCGGCUUCGGAGCCCGAAUCCGAUACACUUUGAUAACGGCUCCCAAAGUGGGUAAGUCUGGAGACGAAACGCUUGCGGCUCUGUGUGUACGCUCUGUACGAUCAUUUCCUGAAACGAUGAUGCCAUAGCCCCGCCUCUCCCCACCUCUCCUGCUCACCCCCGCGUCACCCGU